CGUCAACGAAUUUACAACGAAGAAUCCGAGAACCGUGAAAUUCUUCUUCGAAACCCUAGACUCAUGUUCUAGUCUUCGCCAAUGGCGGAAGAGGAAGUCGACGGGAAGGGGCAACCGAGUCCUUCUCAGCUUCCUUUUCUUGAAGUACUAUGCAAGAGCUGCGGUAAAGUUCGCCGCUUUGCGAGCGGGACCGAAGCCGGCUUUGCAGUGUGCUUGAUAAAUAGUAAGCUAAGUUUUGAAGCUCCACCAGCUCUGUACAUUGAAGCUGCUAAAGAUGGGGAAGAAUCUAUCUGUUUUGGCCCCAAAGCAGCUCUAUUCAAUUAUGGUGAAGGUUGGAAAUUGCAGACAGUUAUUGAAGAAGCCAUGAAAGAAGGCUAUGAAGCAGCAGCAUCCCAGAAGAUACCAAAGCAAAUUUCAAGCAUGAUGAAACCAUCUGAAAGCAGGUAUUAUAUUGGGAAGCCAGCUGCUGGAACCGAUCCCACAACCGGAUUUCAAUAUUUUGUGAAGAUACUGAUUGCUUUUGCUUUAAUGUUCGUGCUCGGAGGAGCUCUGGUUGUCUUUCUGGAAAAUCUUCCAUGGUUGAUACAGCUUGUAAGCUCUUUUUAGAUGCAAUUCUAUUUGUUUUUUGGGUUUUACAGUAAAUAUUUGUUAUGUAGUGGAUUUAAUUAAACGACUUUGGUAAAUUUGAGAU